AACAUCACAUCAUAUCCGAGGAAGAUGAUCUGAGAGGACUCGACCUCUACAUGACUUCUGCCUCCGAGAGCGGGAAGACGCGCUGAACCUCGUGCGACUCGGACGAGCUGGUCUUCUCUACUCAGACUCCUCCUCUUCCUGCUCCGCGAUGGGAUCGCACGUCCUCACCCUCGCCCUCCUCUCCGUCCUGACGUCCUCGCUGGGCGCCAGCGGAGACGACUUCCUCCCAGGGGGGUCCGGCUGCCCAGCCCAGUGCGUGUGUGAGACCCGCCCCUGGUACACCCCCCAGUCUGUGUACCACCAGGCCCGGACGGUGGACUGCAAUGAGCUCCGCCUCCACCACGUCCCUCCAACCAUCUCCCCCAACACGCAGGUGCUGCUUCUUCAGAGUAACAACAUCUCUCUGAUCGGUACCGAGCUGCAGAAUCUGAACAACCUGACGGAACUGGACCUGUCGCAGAACCACUUCACACAGGUCCAGGACAUGGGUCUGGGCUCCCUGGAGCAGCUGGUCACGCUGUACCUGGAGGAGAACCUUCUGGAGGGUCUGGAGGACUUCAGCCUGCGGACCCUCUCCAGCCUGGAGGAGCUCUACGUCAACCACAACCGCCUCAACUCCAUCUCCCAGCACGCCUUCUCAGGCCUCACCAGCCUGCUCAGGCUCCAUCUGAACUCCAACCGCCUGGUGGCCAUCGACCGGCGCUGGUUCGAGUCGCUGCCCUCCCUGGAGAUCCUGAUGAUCGGGGAGAACCCCAUCCUGGGCCUGGAGGAGCGCACCUUCCAGCCGCUGGCCCGGCUCCACAGCCUGGUCCUGGCCGGGAUGGGCCUGGAGGAGGUCCCCCCCGCCGCCUUCCUGGGCCUCCACUACCUGGAGAGCCUGUCCUUCUACGACAACAAGCUCAGGUGGGUCCCCCGCGAGGCUCUCAGCAUGCUGCAGAACCUCAAGUUCCUGGACCUGAACCGGAACCCCAUCUCCCGGGUCGGGCCGGGGGACUUCCAGGACCUGCUCCACCUCGAGGAGCUCAGUCUGAACUACAUGGACCAGCUGGUGGCGGUGGAGCGCGACGCCUUCCAGAACCUCCCAGAAAUGGUGAAGCUAGAGGUCUACAGCAACCCAGGGCUGGUCUCUGUAGACCCCCACGCCUUCAGUGGCCUUCCCUCCCUGCGGACACUGCUGUUGCAUAGCAACCAGCUGAGCCUACUGUCCAAUCAGCUGCUGACGUCCCUUCCUGGUCUGGAGGAGCUGUCACUCCACUCCAACCCGCUGCGCUGUGACUGCCUAGCCGCCUGGGGCCCCCACCUCGGCAACCAAUCAGCCGUCAAGCUGCUGGACAGCCCCCUCACCACCUGCUCCUCCCCCCCCCAGCUGCUCGGCCGCGAGCUCCAGGAAGUGGUUUCUAUUGGCUGGGGCGCUGUGGGGGGCGGGGCCAGCGGGAACAGCUGCCUGCCGCAGGUCUCCGCCCUCUCCUUCCCCCCCGUCCUCAACCUCAGCUCCGGACAGCCAAUCACGCUGCCCUGCUGGGCCAGUGCUGACCCCGCCCCCCAGUUCUACUGGGUCACGCCCACCGGAGACAAGGUGAGCUCGGAGGCGGGGGCGUCGCUGCAGAGCUCUGGACCAAUCAGGAGGAGGAGACACCGUGUGUCCCCGUCAGGAGCUCUGGUGAUGGAGCAUCUCGACCAAUCAGACGCUGGCCUCUAUACGUGUGUAGCGUGGAACGUGGAGGGGGCCGACACCAGGAGUGUCUCCGUGUUCGUGGACUCCAGGGGGCGUGGCUCCGGCCCCGGGGGGGAGGAGUCCUGGGGGGUCAACUCGUCCCACUCUGCUGCCUCCCUGGUCCUCCAGGCCAAGGUGGUCCGAUCCCACUCUGUUCUUUUGGAGUGGAAGUUGUUUUCCAGCCAACCAGCGGCUGGCUCUGGAGGCUCCGCCCACCAGGAGGUGUUGCCCCGCCCCCCACGCUGGACCAGCGCCAGCGUGCACAUCGACAGCUCUCAGAUCAGCUACACGGCCACGGUGCCGGUGGACGUCCAGGAGUACAACCUGACCCACCUCCUCCCCGCCACCGACUACCACGUGUGUCUGAGCGUCUCCUCCUCCGCCCCUCUCCUCCCUCCCCCCUCCCCCUCCCCCUCCCCCCCCGCCCCUCCCUCCCCGUCCGCCCCCCCUCCCCCGCUCCACACCGCCUGCGUCAACGUCACCACCCGGGAGGCGGGGCUGGCCGUGGCGCUGGUGGUCUCCCCGGGCAACAGCGUUGCCAUGGCGGCGGUGACGGGCUCCCUGUUCGCCCUGCUCCUCAUGCUCCUGCUGGGCGGAGUCAUGGCCCGCCGCCUCCACUCCAAGAGCUGCUCCCUGAAGACCUACCUCCACAGCUCCUCGUCCUCGUCCUCGAUCCCGCUGAAGGAGCUCUACCCCCCCCUCAUCACGCUCUGGGACGCCGACGCCGACAAGGAGAAGGAGCGCGAGGAGGAGCAGGGAGGGGCGCCCAUAGACACGUCCAAGACCUACCUCUGGUAG